AUGGCCGCCGACCAGAUUCGAUCAACCGAGACGAUCAAGAUUUUGCCGACAGUCUUAGUUAUCAUCGACUUAGACCUGAAGAAGGUCAUUCACCCCGCCGUCCGAGAAGAGUCCGUUACAAUGGUGGGCGAGAUCUCCCAGGAACCUACCCAGACUCUCAGCCUAGUGACUACCGACAUGAAUACGAUUCAGACGACAAUUCGAACUCUCUAG